AUGGAUAGAAUUGACAUGAGUCUGGACGACAUCAUCAAGACCAACAAAAAGAAAUUAAAACAAGGAACAAAAGUCAUCGCUAACAGCAACAAUGGAAAUGCAAACAACAGCAGCCUUAACAAUAAGAACAGAACAGGACCCAUUAGAGCUAGAUCUGCAGGGAAAAAAUUGACUCGACAGAAGGCCAACCCAUAUCCGAAGAAACGUCGAAACAUUAUUUUUGGGUCUUUUGCGUUCUUCCUGACGGGGUUUCGCAAAUUGGAACAUAAACCAAAAAUUAUUAAAACAGGAAACUCUAACGGCGUUUGGCGUCACGAUCUCUUCCCUACCCUUCUUCCUGGCAGCAACCAAACCAAACGAACCGGUCCGUUUAAUGGGUCUUCUAUUCAGCACCGCUUAGGCACCGGUAAACCCCCUGUAGGUAGUGGUGUUACGAGCAGAUUGUCUAUUAAAGGUGUUGCCGGUGUUAAGCAGUCUGAAUUCUCCUUCAAAGGUGAAGGCGGACCCGCCUCUAUUGUUAUCAGUAAUUUAGCACCUGGUACAAGUGCUAAUGAUAUCAAGACUGUAUUUAUGGAAUUUGGCGAUAUUUCUACGGUGAACAUGAAAGAAGAAAGACACUUCCGUGGAGCGCCUGUAACUGCCGAGCUCACCUUCGAAAGCAAGGCCUCUGCACUUGCUGCUAUAAAUAAAUAUAACACAGCUCUAGUAGAUGGUCGUGUGCUUAAAGUUCAAUUUAAGCAAUCUAAUACCAAUACUGGUGCUGCUUCAUACCGAAUGAGAAACAAAUUCAAGCCACAGCUUGCCGCUUCCACGCAAAAUGGAAGGCUUUAUUCCGACCAAUUGGUUUCUGGUAUCCAAAGGAAUAGACGUUCCGGUGGCAAGGGAAAACAGCCUUCUUUUACAUUUUAA